AUGGCUGUGACGCAUGCUGAUAUUGCUCCAAGUCGACGAAGCUGUGAUCUAGGCAGCAAAACUGGUGCAUUUUUAAUGGUUUUGUCUAUACUAUUAGGCCUCUUUUCCUUCAUUCUCUGUCUCAUUUCGGAGGCCAGCCGUUCCCAGAUGAUAUGGCAGGCGUCGAGUGGUGAAGGGAAAGGAACGAAAUCCGAGUGUACGUAUUCAAGUAGUGGCAAAAUCCCUCUAUUGUCUGCAACAGGUGCUCUUUUUGCUCUAGCAAUGGCAAUGGUGAUACAGCAUACGUACCUAUUGGUUGCAGUGAGUAAAUCGGAAUCUCUAAUUACUUGGCACCCUGAUUCUGAUUUUGCCAAGAGUAUCGCUUGGCAAGCCGGAUUUUUCUUCGUUGUAACUUGGGUAUGUUUUGCCGUUGGAGAAAUUUUGUUACUAAUAGGAAUAAGUGUUGAGUCGGGACAUCUGAAAAAUUGGCAAAUGCCACGAGAGAGUUGCCUAAUAAUUCGACAGGGUUUGUUCACAGCUGCUGGUGUGUUCAGUCUAUUAACCGUCUUUCUUGCUUCCGGUUUAUAUAUCACAGCUCUUCGCACACAAAUGCACGCACAAGAUCAAGAAAAUAUGCGUCGUGAAAUUCUAGAGGCCUCGGUCCUAUACGCAUCUCCGCCGAGAUCGCCUAGAAGAAUCCAAGCCGUUCCUAAUGAGAAUCCGACUUCAAGACAAGAUCGGAAUGUGCUAGCGUUGUACCACUAUUUAACAGGGUUUGACAAACAUUCAAAUUCGGUUUAA